GCAUACUGCGGGCGUCCGUUUCCAUGGAAACGAUCAACACUACCUAUAUAUUGUCGUGGAGACGAGGGAGUUUAUCUAGAGAACAUUUCCUUUCUUGCUUAAACAAUUCUGCAGAUGACUGACCAAAAUGGACGAGGACGACGGGUCGGAUGUGGAAAACGGGGAAGAAACUCAGGAAGACGAGGACGACGAAGCAACAGAGGUUCGCCCCUUGGAUCAAGAUAUUAUCAUCCCCGGUCUCUCUUUGCUGUGUCGAACAGGGAAUGGAUUGAGACAUGCAUUCAUUAAAAUGGUCCUUAAGGACAAAAGACUAAGUGACAUCGAAGCUAUCAGCAAUUAUGUUCAUCUACGUUUCCUGGAUGUGUCCAACAACCGCAUUUCUGACCUUUCACCUCUAUUAUCUCUCACCCAGCUUCUUUGGCUCAAGGUCGACAAGAAUAUUGUAACAUGCUUCCAAGGACAAGCCUUUGCACAGCUGGUCUACCUGCAGUGGCUGAGUAUGGCUGCAAACCGUCUCACCGAUAUGGAGGGUCUUGUUGGACCAGCUUUGGAGACUCUCAUCCUUUCAGACAACCGUAUACAGACGUUACAUGGUCUUGAAAGUAACCAUUUUUCCAAACUGGUCACUUUGGAGCUGAGGGGAAACCGUUUAAGUACAACUGAGGGCAUCAACCUUCCCAACUUGCAGCGAUUAUAUCUGGCCCAAAACUCUAUUAAAAAUCUUGAGGGCUUGGAUAAGUUAGAGAGCCUCACCACCCUUCACCUCCAAAACAAACUAACCAACGUAGAUGGGCUGAGCUCCAGCAUGAAAUGUCUCCAGUACAUCAACAUCAGAAGCAAUGAUAUCUUAGAUGAGACCUGCCUGAGUUCCCUUGGCCAUGUGUCAAAAACCCUGCGGGUCGUGAUCCUCUCUGAAAAUCCACUGGACGGCAACACAGACUACCGGCCGUACAUCCUGACUCUCAUCCCAAAACUGGAGCGUCUUGACAAGGAGCCCGUCUCUCCUUGAGGAGCGGGCUGAAGUCUGGAAGACAGUCAAUGAACUCAAAGAGGAAGACUAAGUCAAACUUUUGCAGUCAAUGAAGGUCCUGGAAACGAUGGGUUUAGGAUGGCCAAUCCAAUCCAAUCCACUUUAUUUAUAUAGCACAUUUAAACAACAAAAAUGUUUUAAAGUGCUGCACAAAAAUAUUAAAAAAAAGAUUCAGAUAUUAUCCUUAGCUCCACCAAUGACUGAAUAAAACAAAAUAAAUAUAUAUAAAAGCAAUAUAAAAACAAUAUGAAAAUAAAUAUGAUUAAACACGACUUUAAAAGGUAACACCACUUAAAAACAAUAAAUAGAAAUUACAAUUUUAAAACACAUAGGACCUCACAAGUCACAUAGUAUU